AUGUCACCCGUCAUCAGGGCCACGACGGCCACACUCGCUGGCAUCCUCAGCACUAUCUCCAGCUUGUCCGGCGGCUCCAACGGCCCAGCCGUGACCGAUUUCAACAACAAGAGCGUCAAUGUUCUCCCCCCUCUGCCUGGUCCGAACAAAGUCGGCGUCGUUCCCCUUUCCAUCGACGACUUUGAUCAUCAUAGCUUCCCUCUCUGUGAUGUUAGCAACGACGAGAUUCCCGAUGCCGCUUGUCAUCAUCCCCGCAAGAUCAUGACAUCCCUCUUCUAUCCGGCCUGUCCUCCCUCGGACGGUCGACAGAAGCCGAAGCCAGUCCUGCUGGACGAGCAGCACUUUGCUCCUGUCUUCACCCCAUCUGUCCUAGGCAACAUUUCUCGCAGUGUUGCCCGUGGCCCCACAGCCCUGCAGAAUCUCAUGUCGCAAGCCGUGGAUAAGGCCCCCUCCUGCAAAGGCCGGUACCCCAUGGUGAUCUUCGCACCCACCGCCGGUGGUCAGCGCCAGGCCUACACCCAGGCAGCAUCUGAGCUUGCUUCACUGGGUCACGUCGUGCUCACCGUCGAUUACCCGUAUCUUUCUGGUGCCGUGGAGAGCCAGUCUGAUGACACCGUCCAGCUCAGCACGUUUGGAGAUUGGAUCAAAACUGACGAAGCCCUCGCCAUCCAGACCAAUGACCUGCAUUUCGUUUACAACCUGACAGUCAACGAAGAGCAACCACUCAGUGGUCUUCCAUUCUGGACCAAUGAUACCACCGUUCAGCUCGAUGCUUGCAUCUUCGGACAUGGCUCGGGCGGCCGAGUUGCUCAGGUGAUGGUCGAAACUCACAUCGUCAAGUGUGGUGGACCUCUAGAAGGUAUCCUGACACUUCCUGCCCCCUUCGACAGAGAGAGGACGGCAGGCAACUCCGAACCGACCGUGAAUAAUACCCGUCCCUCUAUCCCCCCUUCCGCUUCCUAUCGCAUCUCGCGGAUUUCUUCACUGGACCUCUCGCCACCCAUCUUUCGCGGAUUGCUCCAGCUCUUGAAGCAUCUCAGAGACUCUGCCCUGAACACAUUCGGUCUGCUCGUCUGCAGCGCGGAAGGCACGUGCGGAGCCCCGAACCCCUCGAAGAGAGCCCCCGUCCAGAAGCGCAGUGUUGGCGACGAUCCUUGGUACUACCCCAAGAAGCCUUACUACAAGGACCCUUGCGAGGACCACGGCUACGACGACGACAAGUACGAGCAUGACUCUGGCUGCUACGAUGACAACUGCGAUGGUGAUUACGAUGAUCAUUAUGAGGAUGACUACGACGACUACGAUGAUCCAUGCGAGGAUUACGACCCAUGCGACCGUUACGACGGUCCGUACAAGCCCUCAAAGCCAUUUCCUCCUCCAGGCAUCUUCCCACCCAACAUUACCUGGCCUCCGUAUGGUGAUGGCAAGAUCCCGGAUUACAACCGCCCUUGGGAUGACCACUGGGAUGACUACCGCAACGAUGGUGGCGAUUACGGACGGAAGUAUGGUCACAAGGACUGUGACCAUUAUGACGGAGGCUACGAUGAUGGAUACGAAGGGGACUAUGGUGAUGACUAUCAUUGCUAUCAUCGCCCUGAUCACUAUCGCGAAUGGGACAAGAAGCAUCAUUGCCACGGCCAUGUCGACGAUUACGACGAAGAUGAUUAUUAUGAUCACGACGACGACGACUACGAUGAUGAUUACGAUGAUGAUUACGAUGGUCACGACGACGAUGAUUACGAUGAGGGCGAUUACGACGAGGGAGACUACGAUGAGGGUGAUUACGAUGAGGGUGAUUACGAUAAGGGUGACUAUGAUGAGCACGACGGCGACUGUCACAAGAAGCAUCACCACCACGGCCAUGUCGAUGACUACGACGACAAGUACAGGGAUGAUUACGGCCAUGAGUACGACAAGGGCGGCGACCACGGCUACGAUCAUGGCUAUGUUGACGAUUGGGACAACGAAGAUCAUGCAUGA